AUGCUCUUUGAAGCAUAUCUUCUACACAGGAGACUAUCGAUACAUCCCUUGACCGGUGAAGCCCUGCAACCGGUUUGGAUAGACGAGACAAUUCGCCGUCUUGAAAGAACUCUCACAAAAGCCCAACAUGUGUGCCUCGCGUUGACCCGAGAUGGUGCACGGCCGCAGACACUAGGAUUUGGCGGCAAAGAUCUUGUCAUUACGAAGGGACUUGAAGCACUUGAAUGGGAGGAGAUCUCACUUUCUAAGGGACCAUCAUGUCUCUAUGAGAACAACCAGAAGUUUCUUCGCCGGGAAUUCGAAUGCCUUUCCUUUGCAGAUAGCAGCCCAUUGUCGCCAGCUACUCCAGAUCUCAGUCGACCAACCACGCCUUCGUCUGCCGAGUCAGAAUUCGGUUCCCCUUUCAAAACGGAAUGGGAUCUGUAUGACAACAGAGUCUUGUUGCGCUUGAUUAUCUACUGCUUCGUUCUGUCAAAAUACAAGACCUUCUCAAGCAUGAACAAUACAGUCGCAGCUCGCCUCUGUCCAGAAGCCGUCGCCGAACAGGGCUAUACCUUGAUGAAAGAGUUUUGGGAUUACAAGAAUACCGAUUACAAAAAGGCACGACUAGACAGGGUCGGCCAAGAACUUCGCGUGCUACAAGUGUGGAUAUCCGAUCUGAGCUGCGCAUGGUUACACUCCAUCGCCAUGCGAUGCGACCUGAAAGAAAUGGGAAAGUAA